UUUCACAGUUGCCGCGUGUUAUAGCCAAACGUCGAGUCUUGUGUGAAGUAGUGGUACUUUAAAACGGGCAGACGAGUGUAGCAUGUGUGAAAGUGAAGCGUCAUUAUGUAUCGUUUGUGUUGGUUACUGUUACUUUAAUUUAUAGUAUAAAUUAAACUCAGCUGUAUUUAUCUGUUACUGUUGUGUUUUUAUUUAUCGUAUGCAAAUAAAUAUACAUACAUAGCAGUGGUUUUGGUUAUUUACAGAUUGAUUUUUUACGUAACGCGCGAACAAUAUGUUUUGUUGUUUUUUUUUGUAUUAUCACAAUAGUUGAAAAGAUCUAUUGGUGUACUUUCCACUUCCAUAGCAUUGUUGGUCGUAUUAUGUAAAGACUUCUUUUUGUAACCGUGCAGAUUUUGAUAUAUAGUUGCUGAUCUUUCCAGACCCUAAGACUUAGGGCCUAAGUAGAGGGUAAACAUCAAGGGUUGAUAUAGAUUUACCCCUUCUUGUCAACAUGCAUCAGACAUUGCCCGUUCGUACCCUGUUUUCAUACCAAAAACUCUUUUCUCGUUCAAGAUUAAGAAGCACCAGUAGUAACUUAUAAAAGCAAGAGCCAUUCCAGAUCAGAUAUACAAUUUUUUCCAUAUUUUCUACUCAAUAAAGCUGAUUCUAUCUGUUUCAAAAUCGAAGUAUAUUAAGUGUUUGGUUGGGUUUAGUUGAUUCUUUUGAUCAACAUGGAGUACCCCAUCCAGCAAGUUCCAGAAUUACUGCAUAAUGGUGCAGGGGAUGCACCAUUGAAACAGGCAAUGAUAAAGCAAACAAUAAUCAAGGCUGAAAAAAACAACGAAAAAUCAGUUGAAAACGGAGACUGUUCAGCUCAUGACUGCAAAAAUUUAAAUGGAAAUGUCAUCGAAAAGACGGCAGACAAAAACGAAAUAAAGAAACAAAGUUCUGAGGUUUUGGACCAAACAUCAAGAAUGUGUGAGAAUGAUUCUUCAUCAGAUGACAAAAGUUAUGAAGGGAAUGUCACUUUAACAAUGGAACCAGAGCACAGUGAGGUUCCAUUCAAAGCACGGUCUGAGAACGGAGAUGCAGGAUUGUCGAAAGACGACGACCUUCAUAGACAGUCGGAUGUUGAUGCGGAUGACAGCGACAUUGAAGAGGACAUGUCGAAAGAGUUUAAAACCGCAUACAAGAAGUCCCAUCAGCCAAGUGUGUUAGAGUGGACAGACACUCAACAUCAUGAUAAUACAAUUCAUAGACUCGAUGUAUUCAGGAAAAGCAAGCAUUUCUGUGAUCUUGUGUUACAGGUUGGUGGAAAGGAAAUAUACUGUCAUCGUGUGGUAGUAGGAGGUGCAGCUCGCUCAAUCUUCGACGAGCUUUCCCGUGGUGAGCAGGAGGUUGGAAACUUGUCAAGAAUUCCGCUGGAUGGUAGAAAUGGUCUUCUUGCUGACGCUGUUGAGAUUUUAAUUGAUUACAUUUACACUGCCAAGUUGGUUAUACCAUCAGAGCUUUUAACUGCUGUCUACAAGGCAUGUCUUCAGCUUGGUGUAGAACGAGUCACGCCAUUAUGUAGAAGAUAUAUUAUAGCAGAUCUUGAACCAGAACACUGUGUUCCUAUGAGAAGACUUGCAUCCAGUGUUGAUGAUAUGGAAUUGAAACAAUAUAUUGAUAAUUACAUUGAGGAAAACUUUGAAGCAGUUGCCGCUUCCAAUGAACUGUUGAACCUGCCAAGAAUUAAGAUUGAAAUUGUAAUGAACCACGGAAAUGGAGUUAUAAGCAUGUUGCUUACCAACCUUAGAGAAGGAUCAAUCGGUCACACUGCCCUUGCAUGGGUGCGAUACAUAAUCGAACAGAGGGGUGGGCGUUAUUUUGAGGAUCUUACAGAACAGGUUCAACGGAUUCCACUGGAUGAAAUCAAUAACACCCCUUCAUCUGCCAGCGGCUUCCACGGCAAUAAUUAUAAUCGAAAACUAUCGCAUGAUGAACCAAGGGAUUACGUUUACGGCAAAACCAAUGGAGCCCAGCAGAAAAUCCGACUCUCUCGUUCGUCAUCCAUCGAUUCCAUAUCUUCCAGUGAUUCCGAUGACAGCAACUCACGUGCAUUGUGUUGUAUGGACGGCGAGUGGUCAGUUAUUGCUACAACUCCAGCACAGGGUUCAGACCACGUGAUUUCUCUCUGUUCAGUGGGUGGGGUCCUGUGCACGCUCUCCAUUCGUCUCCCGAACAACGGCCUUUUAAAUGGAAACGAGACAAAUGGAUUCGCAACGAACGCAACAUCGUCUGUAAGUUCAGCUUCUACCACCACCUCAUGCUCGUCGUCGGUGGCUUCUGUGAGUCCUCUUGGUCAGCUGGCUGUGGCUCGUUGUGCUGCAGGUGUCGCACAACUGCAAGGAAAGCUAAUAGUUGCCGGUGGCUUUAACCAAUCAGAAUGCUUGGACACGGUUGAAUGCUUCGAUUCUUCAGCAAAUCGGUGGAGUCCGAUGUCUCGAAUGAGCGAAAAGCGAGCUCGUUUUGCUGUCGCUGUUCUGCGCGGGCACUUGUACGCCGUUGGCGGAUCUUCUGGAUCACAUGACCACGUCACGGUCGAGAAAUUCGAUCCCACAACGGAGCAGUGGUGUCACGUACAGUCGCUGAAAUCGCGGUGUUCUGAGGCCUCGGUUGCCGUGUUGAACAACCUACUGUACUGCGUGGGCGGAGUGCAAAAAAGCACAGGUGUUGUUGCAAUCAAAACUUGCCAAGUGUACGAUCCUUCCGCGGACGAAUGGAGUUACAAAGCGCAGAUGCACACUGGCCGAAGUUCACUUGGCGUGGCAGCUCUUGGUUCUCACCUGUUUGCGGUUGGUGGUAGCGACGGUUGGACUUGUCUCAAUACAGCGGAGAAAUACGACCCUGUGGCUGAUCGUUGGACCUUCACCGCCGCGUUGAACGUUCAACGUCGUGGCCUCGGCAUGGCAGAACAUAACGGUGCUUUAUAUUCUGUUGGAGGUUUUGACGGUACAUCAUUCUUGUCAUCGGUGGAGCGUUACAAUCCUGAGGAAGCAGAUGUUUGGGUGAUACUUCCAUCGCCGCUAGGUGUCCCUAGAAACAACGCUGGUCUGGCAUCGUUGCAUGGUACAUUGUACAUCGUUGGUGGUUUCUCUGGUCGUCACUUCUUGUCAACGGUCGAGGCAUUAGAUGACGUUAACGGUGACUGGACAGCCCAUGAUAUACAGUCACUUGCCACAACCGAAUCUGAAAGCGAUUAGAAGUUCAGAUUGUCCGGUAUUCCCCUUCCCAGACUGUCCAGUUGCAUAAAUUGUACAGCAGCACCGAAACAGUCCGGCAACACCCAAUUCAAAACCAGGAACUUCUAGUUAAAUUUUCACUUCCAAAAAUUUCUUCACUGUGUUCUAAAUUCUCCUAGCCCAUGUUUUAAACUCUGCAAUUCACUUCAUCGUCACAGAUCCUCUAGUUUGACUUGUUUGUUGAGCUUGUACGUCAGCCUUGUGCUGUAUUAGGUUUAGGUUAUUCCGUAAAACUUCGUUCGAUGCUUCACUUUGCUUUGUUUGACAGAGCGCAUCGCGUGCUCCAGACACACGGCGCUAAUUUUCUGUAUGAUGUUCCUCACUGAACGCUAUCGACCCUAAUGCGACUGCAGAAACCUUUCGUUGCAAGGUGCCAAAUCUGUUUUGAGCUUCGAAAAUGACAACUCUUCCGUUCACUGUGACUUACAAACAGUUUCCGUGAGAACCGGUUACGAGUUCUUGGUAACUCUACCCUAUUAGUUAGUUACCCGCUUCCCCAUUCGUGCAUAGCAGCCCCGAUCUAAUUUAACGCGAACUUAUGCGCCGUAUUUCUGUUUUACCUCUCCCUCGGUUCUAAUUAUUGUCUUUUGGUAACUGUUAGAGUAUUUCUGUUUAAAAAUGUUUCAGUGCGAUAGAUUUACAAUUAUUUUGUCUGUUAUUACCCUUACCCUACUAUCGGCAAAUGGAAAAAAUCGGUUGGUAUCUCACAAGACUAUGUAAAUACGAAGAAGCAACUUUUUCAACCGAUGCUUAAAACGGUUAGCCAUAUUAUGACCAUUUUUGAUCAAAACAUUAUUUGUCGGUGUUUCAUUUGUAAAGCAAAAAUACAAUUGGAGUAUUCUGCAA